CCCACCAACCCUCUAAUGAAGCUCAUAGACAUCCAGGCAGUCUGCACCAGAAUCAAAUCUAUCACGUCAGAUUGGACAGAGAAGCCGAUCAUAGUAGUUGACAACACUGUGAUGUCUUCUUACUUCCAGAGGCCUCUUUCACUCGGUGCCGAUGUCGUGAUGCAUUCCCUGUCCAAGUACAUGAACGGUCACAGUGACGUCCUCAUGGGAGCCCUGAUUCUAAGCGACGAGGAACUCUACCGAAAGCUGAACUUUUUUCAGAUGGCUGUUGGUGUGACAUCCUCCCCUUUCGACUGCUACCUGGUUCUUCGGGGACUCAAGACUCUGCACGUGCGUAUGAGAGAGCAUGAGAAAAACUCUUUGGAGGUCGCCAGGUUCCUGGAACAACACCCGGGCUGUGUCAAAGUCAAUCAUCCAGAAUGACGUCCAGCCAACGUCACACGCCCGUGGGCUGCAUGGAGUCAUGGGAGAUCACCCCGUCUCUGGUGCGGCUGUCCGUCGGUCUUGAGGACGUCAAGGAUCUCAAGAGGGAUCUAGGACAAGCUCUGGACUACAUGCUGUCAGUCCAAAGCUCUACUGAACCCGUGGCAGAUAGUAAGAACUCAGAACUUUGACACAGCAGUGUUCUGUCAGUUGGUUUGAAGAUUUGAAAGAGCCUGAUGAAUUUUAAUAUGAUGUCGAGAUACAAAAUUAUGCAGGUUUACUUCCUGGUGAGGACACAAUGUCGAAAGAAACUAAAUCCUAUCCGUACCGGGUGUUUUACUAUCGUGUAAUUUUUAAUUGAUUGGAAAACUCGCAAGUAUACUGUAGACAUAUCAAUACAUACCCUUCAUUAUUAUAGACGAUGUAAUAUGCUUUCACGCGGCUUGGCAGACAAAUUGCUGCAAUAAGUAAAAUAUAGAGCAUCUGCAUUGUA